AUGACCCAGUCAACCGCCGCGACACCAGCAAGACCGUGCCUAUACUAUCGCCAAGGGAGUUGUACUCGAGGCGUCCACUGCAAGUUCUCUCACGGUAUUGCUAGCCCCAACGGGCCACCGCAGUCAUCCCAGACGGUACGUGAUCGCGGGAAGCCACUGGUCACGACGGUUUGCGGAUUCUACAGACAAGGAACCUGCAGAUUCGGAGACAGCUGUCUCUUCUCCCAUCCUAGUUCAUCAUCAGGCCAUCUCUCCAAUGGGACGGACACUCUAGCAGCCCCUGCUACUCGACCUACCGCGAAUACAAUCGUUUCUUACCGCGCACUCUCGGAAUCGACCACGUUCGGCUCGUGCAAGUUUUAUGCGCGAGGCGCAUGCAACAAGGGCACCGCGUGUCCUUUCUCGCAUCCCGCGACUGCUAUUGUUCCUAAAGGAGAGUCAGAUCUUUCGUCGAUGCAAGCAAGUGCCUUCGGAUCAGGGGAGGCAGCCAAAUCGGAUAGCACGUCUCACGAUGAACAGCCAAGCGUCGACCGAACCAAAUUUGGCUGCAAGAUCGUAUACGGUCCUGGGGGCUGCGUGCAGGACAUCGAGACUGCCUUUGAAUCCACUAUCGUCCUGCUUCACAACAUCCCCUCUUCCGUGACCCACACGCAACUUGUUGAUCUGGCGGAACCGUUUGGCCCUGUCAAAAGCGUGAUCAUCGUCCCUGCGCGCGAUGGCGUUUCUCCAACUUCGGGAAGAAUCGAGUACGUCCAAACCGCUGGCGCGGCGCGAGCAGCGGCCGAGCUGGGAAACGCGAAGGGACUUCGCGGCGCUACAGCUAGGCUAGAUCUCCGAGCCGCUGAGAGCGGUAAAGCGGUCUUGCGUAGUACAAAGGCGAAGCUCAGCUGGUUCGCCCCCAGCCUCGUGGCCUGGGCUCACUAUGCAACCCUUUCUAAGGCAAGGGAACAGGCAAAACGCCUGGAUGGACAAACUUUCCGCGGCGCGACCCUGCACGCGUCCUUCCAGACCCCAUCUCGGUACCAGCGGUCGUCCUUUUCCGUGGAGCUCAAAGGUCUGCCUCUCGAUACAUCCUCCGCAAGCCUGAAGAUCUUCACCCGAUCCGAUUCUGUGGCUCUCGGCUCCCCGAGUUUCAUGAUUGAGGAUUCGGUCCGAGAGCUGCGCAAGCUGCUCGCCACGUAUGGGUCUCUAGAAGCCUUCGAUUUCGCGCCACCCGCACAGGGGAAAUACAAGCUCGUCGCGUUCGUGCAGUUCGCGGAUGCGGAUAAAUCGGAGCGAGCGGCUGCCAUGCUCCAUACCAAGCGUCAGAGUUUCCUCCGCGGUAGUCCUAUUUUCCUAGAACUCGUCCACUCUAUCAAAUACAUGCUUCCUUCCGCUCAAUUCCAAGUACUCCGGCCUCAGAUAGACGCGCUCAGGGAGAUCCUUCAAACAUGCAAGCUACGCUACCAUGACAAGGAUGAGUACGGUCGAGAGGCAGAAAGGGUCUGCAUACGCGCUUAUGGACCUGACGCGAAGGGCUUGGGGCGGUUGAAGACGGAGAUAGAGCUCUUGCUCGCUGGGGACCCUGUCUUGGACGCGGACGGGCAGGUCGCAUGGCAUGAUCACUACUCCACGGCUAGCGGCACUCAAGUCUUGAGCAGUAUAGCGACUCAAACAGACACGUACAUCAAGUGCGACGCGCGAAUUCGGACACUUCACCUCUUUGGUGAUCAGCAUGGACGUACGGCCGCCAAAACUCGCCUCUUCGUGGUACUCGCGAAACUGCAGGCACAAGAGCACCUCUUGGAUCUGGAUCAGGAGGCGUUCCGUCGGAUGCUUCAUGGCGGAUAUCAAGAGCUGCAGACUGCUUAUGAGGAUAAAGUGCGCUUUGACGUCGUACGCAGACGGCUCGUCCUGCGAGGGGACGAAAGCGAGGUUCGCGCUAUCCGCGAAAGCGUCGCCGGCCAACUCGGCGGUGGACAGCGCGUCCGCUCAUCGAUCGAACCGGACGACGGCCAAUGCCCAGUCUGCUUUUGCGACACCGCGGAACCGCUUACAUUGCCAUGCGGGCAUUGCUAUUGUCGUGCCUGCCUGCAACACUACUUGAGCUCUGUCGGGCAGUCCCAAGGCGGAUCCCAAGUAUUCGCAGCUUGUCUCGCUGAAACCACUCAGCCCAACGGCUCACGCCGUGCCUGUGGUCGAGGUGUUCCCCUUGGCAUCAUCCGCUCUUUGUUGUCGCCAGGAGAGGAAGAACAGCUGCUCGAAGCUACACUCCUAUCUCACGUCCACAGUCGUCCCCAGGAGUUCUAUUAUUGUCCCACGGCCGACUGCCAGACGAUCUAUCGCUCGUCUGCGGAUGAUACCGUCCUCCGCUGCCCUUCCUGCCUUGCCAGGAUUUGCGCCUCCUGCCACGUAGAGUUCCAUGAAGGCUUGACCUGUGUCGAAUUCAAGGACAAUGUGUCAGGGGGCAACGAAGUGUUUCGCCGCUGGCGAGAGGAAAACGGGAUCAAGUCCUGUCCUAGCUGCAAGGCGGACUUGGAGAAGAGCGGCGGCUGCAAUCAUAUGACUUGUGCGCGAUGUGGAACACACAUGUGCUGGGUCUGCUUGAAGACUUUUAAUGACAUUGAUAGUGGUGGAGGGGUGUAUGCGCACAUGCGUCGAGAACACGGAGGUAUCGGAAUCUAG